AUGGAGAUCGACCGCAUCCUCUGCAGCUCCAAGAAGCGCCGCUUUGGCGACGACGACGAGCACGACGACGACGAGAACGAUGAGCUGGAUCGCAUCGUGCAAGACGACGUCGCCCACGACCUCCAGACACUCAUGGACAUCGCGGCCGACCUCGGCUUUGUCGUGUCUGAUGCGACCUUUGAGAGCUGGGCCGAGUGCACCGAGAGGGUUCGCCUCCUCGGCCUUCGCAGCCACUUCCAGCUCUACUUUGCCAAAGGCAACUCGCGGCACCGGUCCUGGAAGUGCAAGUCCGACCCGACCUGUCCGUUUGAGGUCCGCGCGUGCCAACAGCGCAACGGCGAGGUCAAGGUUACGAUGGCCAACUUGAUCCACAACCACACACUGAGCCGCCACGAGGUCCAACAUCCCAACACGCCCAAGUCGGCGCGCCAGCAGCGCAAUCGAACACUCACGGUCGAAAUGGCGGUGAACGUUGUUGUUGAACACGUACAGUAUGAACCGAGCCUCGUGACCUGUUCGAUCGUCAAGGAGGCGAUCGCGGAGGCCUUUGGCAUGCAGUGCAAGAAGUCGUUUGCGUCGACGGUCAAGCAGCGCGCGCUCGCGUACCUUGGUGCGACACCGCGCUCGAGCAUCGUCCAAGACAACGACAGCGACAGCGCGAGUCUUUUCGACGAAAAGGCCGGGAACCAAACUUGA